AUGCUGGGAGGUUUCUGGCAGGUGACGGACAUCAUCAUCCCGAAUCGCCAGCGCUCCUCUGCACAGUUCUUCUCCGUCAUGAAUUCGAGCAGCGGCGGAAGCAGCAGCAGCGGCGGCAGUCCCGGCGAGGCGCGGACGCACUGCGGUCUUCCCGCGCACCAGCGCCCGCAUCCGCCGCCGCGGCCGUCGUACCCGCCUGACCCGCGCGCGUUCGACUUCUCCUUUGCACUCAACAACCCCGAAUUCAGCGACCGCUGCCUCUCCCUCGAAAUUGCCGCGGAUGAGCUGGAGGACGAAGGUGGUCGUGAGCCGGGGGAAGAGCAGGAGCACGCGGAGGAAGGAUGGCGUAAGCAGGGACACAAGAACGGUCACGAGCGAGAGCGCGGAGAGGAAUUACGGAAGGGUAAAGAAGAGCGGAUGGGGAAUAACGGAAUGGCGUUUGCAGAUCUCGCUGCCACAGCUGGCAUGGACGGCUCAGAUUCAAGCACGAUCGACGGCGUGACUGAUGCCGCAGCAGCCUCUGCUGCUGGCGCUGACAGAAACAGUGGAGGUGCAGCAGCAGCUGGUGCUGCUUUCAUUGGCAGCAGAAGCAGCAGCAGCAGCAAGAGCAGCAGCAGCAGCAGAAGCAGCAGCAGCAGCAGCGGGGGUGCAGAGCAGCAGGUGCAGGUGCCUUGUGAGACAUCUCAGAAGCCUCGUAGGGUGCAGGUGCACGUGAUAUCAGCCAUCCUCGUGUCCCAGUCUGACUUCUUCAAAUCUCUCUUCUCACCGCAAUGGCGCCUGCCUCCUCCUCUCCCUCCUCCUUCUACUUCGUCUGACUGUGCAAAGCCUGCUCCGGUCACCAUCCGACUCGCACCCGAAGAGCAUCACCCCUUCAUGCAUCUGCUGCACUAUCUGUACACGGGGCGGCUAGGCUCCGAUGAUCCCGAGGCUGUGCUGCACCUGCUGCUGCUGGCGAAUAAGUUCUCCGUGCUAUCCUGUGUGGACGUGUGCGCGCACCACCUGAGGUCGGUGAUUCUGCAGUCACGGACGGUGAUGAGAACAACGCUUUGGGCUGUUUUAAGAUGGACUUUUGAGGCGCCUUUUCAGGCGCCUUUUGCGGCGCCUUUUGAGGCGACUUUUGAGGCGCCUCAAAAGGAGUCACGUCGACUCAAAAGCGGAAUCUGCUGGAACGAUGAUCCCAAGGCUGUGCUGCACCUGCUGCUGCUCGCCAAUAAGUUCUCCGUCUUAUCCUGCCUCUCCCCACCCUCUCCCCACCCUCUCCCCACCCUCUCCCCACCCUCUCCCCACCCUCUCCCCACCCUCUCCCCACCCUCUCCCCACCCUCUCCCCACCCUCUCCCCACCCUCUCCCCACCCUCUCCCCACCCUCUCCCCACCCUCUCCCCACCCUCUCCCCACCCUCUCCCCACCCUCUCCCCACCCUCUCCCCACCCUCUCCCCACCCUCUCCCCACCCUCUCCCCACCCUCUCCCCACCCUCUCCCCACCCUCUCCCCACCCUCUCCCCACCCUCUCCCCACCCUCUCCCCACCCUCUCCCCACCCUCUCCCCACCCUCUCCCCACCCUCUCCCCACCCUCUCCCCACCCUCUCCCCACCCUCUCCCCACCCUCUCCCCACCCUCUCCCCACCCUCUCCCCAUUCUCCUCUCACCUUUCCACCAUCCACUAUCUGUGUACUGGGGGAAGUGCCUCUCACCUGAUCUGCUGCCAUACACUCUUUCUUUCUUUCUCCGCUACAGGGAGCCUCCUUCCUGCUCGCCUCAUCCUCCGCCUUCUUGGUACAGCACUUCACCUCUCUCAAUUCCACAGGUGGCAGACUUCCGGCUUCCUCUGGUCACUCACUCUGCCCACUCUCUGCCCACUCUAUGCUCUCUUUCCCUUUCCCUCCCUUCCCCUCUGUUAUUUCUGCAGCCUCCUUCCUGCUCGCCUCCUCCUAAGCCUUCCUGCCUCCUUCCUCCUUGCCUCCUCCUCGGCCUUCCUGGUGCAGCACUUCACCUCUCUGGAUGCCACCUGGCAGACGCCCGACUUUCUCUCUCUCCCUCUCGAGGCGCUGCAAGCCCUGCUGGGGAGCGACGACGUGGGAGUGCAGGCCGAGGAGACGGUGCUGCAAGCCUGCCUGCACUGGGUGCGGCACCACUGGCCGGACGACUUAGCACAGCGCAAGGAGAUGCUGGGAAGGUUAGCAGGCAACAUUCGCUUCCCAGCAAUGGCAACAUCUGCCCUGCAUGUGCUCAUCACCACCACACCAGAAGCGGACUCCCCCACCCUCCACGCACUCGUCACAGAGGCCCUCUGGUUCAAGUGCUCCUCGUUUGAACGCCAGCAGCAACUGAUUCUAGACUCAAUUCAGCAGCAGCACAGGCGAUACCAGCGCCGGCGCCAGCUGUCCGUCUGUAGCGAGGUGCUGCUGCAGGACUGCUACAUGCUACAGCCGGGACAGGCAAUACUCUUGGCAGGCGCCUCAACAGCUGUUCGCCUGCACGCUAGGCUGUCCAUCUGUAGCGAGGUGCUGCUACAGGACUUCUACAUGCUACAGGACUUCUACAUGCUACAGGACUUCUACAUGCUACUGGACUUCUACAUGCUACAGGACUUCUACAUGCUACAGGACUUCUACAUGCUACAGGACUUCUACAUGCUACAGGACUUCUACAUGCUACAGGACUUCUACAUGCUACAGGACUUCUACAUGCUACAGGACUUCUACAUGCUACAAGACUUCUACAUGCUACAGGACUUCUACAUGCUACAGGACUUCUACAUGCUACAGGACUUCUACAUGCUACAGGACUUCUACAUGCUACAGGACUUCUACAUGCUACAGGACUUCUACAUGCUACAGGACUUCUACAUGCUACAGGACUUCUACAUGCUACAGCCGGGACAGGCCGUACAUACUGCUAGCAGGAGCCCCGCGCACGACAGGGUGUUGGACGACAGUGUGACCAUCGAGGGGCAGAGGCAGAAGCACCACUUAUUGCUCACUGCCUUCUUCCCACCCUCCUUCUCACACCCCUUCCCACACCCCUCUCCCGCUCUCUCCUCAGCAGAGCCCCACGCACGGCAGGGUGUUGGACGACAGU